AUCAUCUGUUUGGAAAAGAAAUCAAUCACUGUUUCCAAUGCUUAUUUUAAGAUGCCGGGCUAUACUCUCCGUUUCUUCCUCCUUCGUCCUCCUCGUUAGCCUCCAUGCUAACUCAGCUGCGGCAGUUUGCUUGGCAUACAGCAAGUUUUCUGGAGCAAAACUUACCAUCUCUCCUGUAGACUGGACAUGGAAAACUAUAACAGCAAAUGUCCCAGAGUUGCUUUGUGGAGAUUCUGUAGUUCAAGAACCCACACAGAUUCUCAACUUUAUGAGGAAACAGAGGUUUAAUGCAGACUACGACCUGACAGCCAGACAAGGAGCAGACACAAUGGCUUAUAUCGCCCUGCUGGAAGAGAAACUCCGACCAGCUCUGCUGCACACAUUCUGGGUCGAUGCAGAAAACUACGCCAACUUGACUCGACCAUGGUUUGCUUCACACUCACCAUUCCCUCUCAACUUUCUCGUCCCAUGUCGCCAUGCCAAUAUUGCUCUAUCCCGCAUCCUUCUGACCAAAGGAGAGGCACCAUUACACAGAAUUUCUGAAGUUGAGGGAAGGAUCUACAGUGAUGCUAAAGAGUGCCUGAAUCUCCUGUCGUACAGACUGGGAACUGCAAACCACUUUUUUGGCAACUCGCCAACCAGCCUGGAUGCUUUUGUGUUUGGUUUUUUGGCACCUCUUUACAAAGCCAGCCUUCCCAGCAGCUCUCUGCAGAACCACCUCAGACUGCUGGAUAACCUCACACACUUCUGUGACAACAUCCUUACAGUCUACUUCAACUUGGACCACUCUAGUUCUCCCACUCCUGUUCAGGAAACCAUGGAUGCCAACCUCCAGAAACUAACACAGCUUGUAAACAAAGAGUCCAACUUGAUAGAAAAGAUGGAUGACAACCUUCGCAGCAGCCCACAGCACAAACCACACAGACCAGACCCCAAAUCCAGUCUGUCCAGUUCGAAGAACUCUACCCCUGCCUAACACUUGACCUUUAGUCUCUGAUCCUGCCUUAUGAAUCACAGAGGAACACAUGCUCUGAAUCUGACUCAACAUCCUGGAAGAAAAAAAAAAAAAACGAAUAAAGCUGGACUGUGACUGAAAUGGGAAAAAAACUAUUUAAUUGGAGCAUGACUAUAUAUAUGUAUACAAGAGAAUAUUUUAUAGUAAUGAUGAUAUAUUUCUAAGAUGUUGGUCUGAAAGAGAAGAAAAGUGCAUGUGUGAUGUAUUUCUGGGGAAAAAAGGAGUGUGUAUGUGGUUGAGGAUGGAAUGCUGUGAAGUGGUACUCGAUGAGAGAGAUGCAGAAAGUUUAAAGGGACGACAAAGGAAAUGAGUCCAGCAGAGAAGCUGAGUGGUGCAGUUUAACCUCUGAAUGGGCUACUUGGAUUUUUGCUUUAACCUUUUACCAUUUUUGUUUAAGGGAUAUAUAUAUGGUGAAAUGUAUCUAGUAACCUUUUCAUUAUAUUUCUGUAUUUAAUAAUGGAAGAUGCUCUUUCUCGCUGUAAAAUAUUCUAUAAGUUCUUUCCCUUAGUGUGAUGUAAAGUGUAUAUGAAGCAUUAAGGGCCAGAGUAAUGUCCCGUUAAAUGUACCCGCUUUAGUUUAACCUCCACUGUUGUGUAAAUUGUAUAGUUGUAAAUAGUGUCAUGAUUAUAACUAAUUUAAUUCACUAAGGAAAGAGCCUUACACUUUGUUUUAAAUUGUUCAUGCCUAAUAUUUGAGACUAAUUUGUGUGUGUGUUUGUGCGCGUGAGUGUGUGACUAUCAGAAGCCAGAGUUUAUUUUGAUUAUUUUGUUGUUGAAGACAUUGUGUGACAUUAAUAAUCCAAUCACUUCUGUUGUUGACUUGAUUUUCCAUAGCCAUUUUUGUACAUUUAUUUGGAUUUUUUUUCUGUGUAUUAUUUGCUGUCUGUUUGUCACUUUGUUUAAAGUGUUUAAGUUUAAUCUGUUUAAUCUGGAACUGUCUCAUUUGCUGCCUUUUUCUGUUUGUUUUUAAAGUGUGAUUACUGAAAUGUUUUCACGUAUCCUCACAGAUCACGCAUUAAUAGGCUUGAUCUUAUCCACCUUAUUUAUUGAAAUAUUUUUCCUGUAUUUCAGUUUUGGUUAAAAAGUAUGAAAACACUUUGACUCUUGAAACUUUAAAACAAUAUAUCACUUCAUGGAAACAUUCCCUUAAAGAAUCAUCUUCUGUGUUCAUUUGGGGGUGUGUGCUGCUUGUUAUAAAUGUGUGCCCUGUGCCUUCAUGACUGCUGGUGUCUUUGUUUCAGAAUGCUAACAUCAUUUUUAUACAUGUGUCAGAAGUUGUCUUUGUCAUCAAUUUUGCUUUUGUUCAUAAUCUGUUGAUGGUUGGUAACAACUGUCUUCACAUUAUUUAAAUACAAAUAAGAU